AUGUCCUCACAAACUUCUCCGCGCACGCUCAACGUCCUCGUCGCACUGACUGACCCUUCCGCCUUCCGCUUCGGCUGUUCCAUCGUCGCGCGCCUAUACCGCCUCAACCAUGUGUCCCUGAAGGUUAUUGCUUGCAAAGACUUCCCCACGACCACCCACACGACUGUCCCACCCCAGAUCGAGCCCGUAUGGCACACAUAUGAUGCUGAGAACAAUACUACGCCCGACUGGCAACAUGCGGAUUACAUGGAGACCAAUGUGGCCGAGUACUGUGCCUGGGCCGAUCUGCUGGUCCUUGCACCGCUCGACGCAGAGAACCUGGCGCGUAUGCUGCAUGGUUUCACAAAUAACCUACACUUGAAAGUCCUACGGAGCUGGAAUGUCUCGAAGAAAGUUCUGCUCAUACCGGGCAUGUCCACACUGAUGUGGGAGAACCCCAUGUCGCGGAAGCAGAUUAGCAAGAUCAGGAGGAAGUGGAACUGGAUUCGCGUCCUCCCUCCCUACCUGUGGUCGUUCGACCACGCCGGUCGCAAGUACCAUUCAUGGGUCGAAGGCCACAAGGCUUUCAACGAAUCCAUACAGACGCAAGUCGAUUUGAUGGCGGUCGGCGACCGUACCGUUGCACUGCCUAUUGCUCACCUGCCCACACUAACACCUGCAAAGAGUAAAGGACCCCGCCUCCCACCCGAGCUGUGGUCCAUCAUACUCGAAUUCACAAAGGACUGGGAGCUAGCAACCACACUAAACGUCCACACAAAUUUGCCCGUGCCCAAGGAGUGGCGACAAGCAGCGAGCGAUGAAGGCCCCAAGACCCAGAUGCAAAAGCUGGAAUGGGCUCUUCUCACCUAUCCGUACUCUGAAAUCAAGAACAUGUUCGCUUCGGAGAAGCCUACCCGCAUCUCGCGCAUGUGCAUCGAACUCAUUAUGCGCUUUGCCAUGGUAACCAUCCUCGCACAUCUCGAAAAGUUCCACAAGGAACUCUUUUGGGGCACGUUUGGCCACACGUUUCUGCCGCACAAGGCUUCCGUGUUUGGCAAGACGGAGAUUCUGGAGUACUGGAGAACUUCGCCAACGUUCCUCACCAAGGAGUACUCUGAAGAAGCUAUUGACAACGCGAGCCGCACCAACUCGAUCCAAGCCCUGAAUUGGUGGUACGAUUGCGGACUAGAGCUAAGAUACACUGAAGCGGCGCUUGAGCAGGCAAGCUCUCAGGGUCAUAUUCAUGUGCUUAAAUGGUGGAAAGAGCACAGUCGUUAUAGAAGUACCGCUUCGGUCCCUAGCACCCCCGUGGAAGAGCAAGUUUCCGGUAAAGCAACCCGGGAAGAUCUGGAACUCAAGGUUGGCAAGUCCAUUACCUACGCUACCCAGUCUGGGUGUCUGCCCGCCAUACAGUUCUGGGUCGACUCUGGCAUUCCCUUUUCACAUGAAGACACGGUAGCCAAGAUUGCAUCGACAUAUGGCCACACCAAUAUCCUGGAAUACUGGCGCAAACUCCGGGGCGAGAAGAUUCUGUUUGACAAUCAGGUCCUAGUGGGGCCAACUAAGAUGGGUCAUGCCGAUGUGCUGGAGUGGUGGAAGCAGAGUGGAUUAAAAGUGGAAUACAAGACUUGCGACAUUGAGGAAGCGUUGGAAGAUGGCGUGGAGGGAGACAGGGGAGACGCAGUGAUGCGGUGGUGGGCUUUGAACGGACUAAACCUCGGAGUAGGGACGAGCGAAUGGAUGAAGGUCAAGGUUCUGGGAUCAUAGACAUUACUGCAUAGCGAGCAAUUAAUCUGACAAUAAGCG